GCAACUGAUUUCUCAUAGUUCGGAUGGACUUGACUAACCUUUAUUGUGUGGCCGUAUCAGAUGAGAUAUUAUAUGUUGCUUGAAUGUUUUUCUAGGUUGGAUUUACUGUGUUGCGCGGCAAAAGCGAGGGACAAAACAAAAGCAUGUGAACAUCAUUUUCAGCUCAGCAGGUCGUUGUAGUGCAACAGGUCCCUUCCUGAAAUUCAGCACCCACCACCAUGGGCCUGCGGUCAGCUCAGAAGAAGCACUUCCCCCUCCGUGGCAUUGAUGGCGUGGUGAAACUUUUCGAGUACGAGUUGGGAAACCCCGAGCCAGAUCUGGCCCUGUUAUCUCUAGUGCUGGGCUUUGUUGAGCACUUCCUGGCAGUCAACCGCGUGGUGCCUGUCAACGUCCCUGGCGUGCGGUUUGAACCUCUGAACGGCGACUGCCUCAACUCCUGCUUCCCCACAGUUGAGUUAGGUUUGAUCUCGUCGCUGCACGAACGCUUCACGGCUCAGAUCCGUGGUGCAGUGGAUCUUUCGCUGUACCGCAGACCGGCCGCGGGUUCGAGCAGAGAGCUGGUGAAGAAGGUCUCCGAUGUGAUCUGGAACAGCCUGAGCCGAUCUUACUUUAAAGACCGGGCUCAUAUUCAGUCACUCUUUAGUCUUAUAACAGGCACAAAGUUGGACAGCUCUGGUGUGGCAUUUGCAGUGGUGGCUGCAUGUCAAGUUCUCGGGCUGAAAGAUGUUCAUCUUGCCCUGUCUGAGGACCACGCUUGGGUAAUCUUUGGCAAAGAGGGUGAGGAAACGGCUGAAGUCACAUGGCACGGCAAGGGCAAUGAGGACAGGAGAGGCCAGACAGUCAGUGCUGGAGUUAAUGAAAGGAGCUGGUUGUACUUGAAAGGCUCCUACAUGAAGUGCAACCGCAACAUGGAGGUAGCGUUCAUGGUAUGUGCUAUUAAUCCGUCUUUAGACCUGCACACAGACAGCUCGGAGCUGCUCCAACUUCAGCAGCGGCUGCUUUGGUUGCUUUAUGAGCGAGGAGACUUGGAAAGGUAUCCGAUGGCAAUGGGUACCCUUGCUGACCUUGAAGAUCAAGAACCUAUUGGCAAAGGAGACCCACUGUCAAUCCAUGUCAAGGCUGUGGAGUCUGCCAAAAAGUACUACAACAAUGAGCAUAUUUACCCAUUCAUGUACUUGGCUGGAUAUCACUACAGACACAGGAAUGUGCGGGAGGCUUUGGGGGCCUGGGCCGAGGCUGCUACAGUCGUGCAAGACUACAACUACUGCCGUGAGGAUGAGGAGAUCUAUAAGGAGUUCUUCGACAUAGCGAACGAUGUCAUCCCCACCCUUCUUAAAGAGACUGCUGCUGAGAGUGUAGCAGAGGGCACUGAAGGGGCGGAAAAGGACCAACCGAGACAAGCCAUAGCACUCUCUGCCUUACAGGACCCCGAAUGCUUUGCGCACUUGCUGUGUUUCUAUGACGGAAUCUGUAAAUGGGAAGAGGGAAGUCCUACACCUGUGCUCCAUGUAGGCUGGGCCACUUUCCUAGUUCAGUCUCUCAGCCGCUUCGAUGCUCAGAUAAGACAGAAAGUGACAAUCAUCACCAAAGAGUUAGAGCCGCAGGACGACGAUGACCAAGGCAGUGACGACCCUCGCGAGGGCCGAAGGAGAGGGCCGCGACGUGAAUCCAAACUUGAGGAAUCAGCAGGAUCCUCUCCACCAGGUAAUACUGCAGCUCCUCCUGCUCAGCCUGGCCAGCCCAAAAAAAUCGGCGGAGAAGGAGGUCGACGUCGUUCUUCCGCUGGAGGACGGGGGAAAGAGACAGACGGGAAGAAUGAAACGUCUAACCCAAACAGUCCCGUUCCUUCCCCUUCCCAAACAGUGGCAUCGCCCAGCGGUCCAGUGGUGACGUUCCAUAGUGAGAAGAUGAAGGGCAUGAAGGAGCUGCUCUCAGCAGCCAAGAUCAACUCGAGCGCCAUUAAGCUACAACUCACUGCCCAGUCACAAGUUCAGAUGAAGAGGCAGAAACCCACCCCCUCCGGUGACUACAGCCUGUCCUUCAUGAAACGCCCUCGCAAGACUCUAUAGAAUUCUCCUUUCUUUUGCAUCUUACUUUCACCUUGAGUUAACAUCAUUUUGCCUGCAAUACUGUAGAAUGCAGUAUUUUCAAAGUUGAUAGUGUUCACUGAACAGUCCAUCAUCUACCAGCACUGAGUGUUAAAAUGAUCUAUGGCUAAAUAGCAGAAUUCCCUAAUUCCAGCCCUCAAGAACCAUAGCACUGUAUAAUUAAGUUUUUGUCUACACUUUACCUCGGGGAGCAUAAUAUGAAUAUACCAGUUCUACACAAUGAGGUUGUGAAAUGACUUUGCUAAAUAUUCAAAUAAGCCGGUGGAUCCUGUGAUGGUCACAGUCUGCGUUUGUUCACCCUAAUAACAAUUUAUUUUUAUUUAAACCACAAAAAUACCUUAACUGGUAAACAUCAACAUUAAGCUUAUUUAGAACAAUUGCAAGUUAUGUUUUGAACAUGCUUAUAAAACAUAAUAUAAAAAGGUUUCUGUUAUUCAGCUUGCUUAGAAUCAUUACAGUUUCAGAGCUGUAUGUAGUAGGACAUGUUAUAAUGUUGAAAGCAAAAACACUGAAUUGCCUUGUAACUGUUUAGGACUGGAAUUAGAGAAUUUGGCUCUAUGCUAAGAAAUUAAUAAAAUCUUGCUAUAUUUUUAUAUUCAUGUUCACAUUAGUUGCAAGAUGUGAAUUUAACAUCUCAUUGUGCCAAGGUUUGUGGUGUUUAAGAGCUGUAAACACUUUUUUUCUAAAAAGUUCUCCUUUUGUAAGUUUUCUCAAAUAUUAUAAUGUCCUUUGUAGUUAUGUUUCAGUUAGAAGCUAAGCAUGUUGGUGUUUAGCAGUGCCUACCUUCAUUUUACCUUGUCAGAUUCCUGCUACGUAAAAAUGUUUUACGGGUGUUCUUUAUGUCAAAGUAAAUGCUUUUUUUCAAAUCUGCUGCUCAGUAUGAAACUAUUUUUAUAAUAAAGAUGUUUCAAGAAGA